CGUCGAGCCACGAGUCACGACUCACGAGUCACGAGCUCUGGGCAGAUAGCAGUAGCUGCUGUUGUCGAGAACUGAAAAAUAUGACGAUCUUUUAAUUUGCCAAGACGUCAUAAAAUUAUUUAAAAAAUAUAAUCAAAGUUGAAAAUUCUAUACUUAUAUAGUUCCAUAGUGAUGUAGAUGCGCCAGACGCCAGUGAGACAAAAUUUCGAUUUGAUAAUUUGAUAGAAUAAAGUAUUAACAAUUUCAAUAAACUUGUAGAAUAUAAAAAUAAAUUGUUAUUUGUUCGAAUCUUACACGAUGAACGUUUACGAUAGUGUUGUAAGAGGUACACAGGCUAGUCGGUUAAUACUCAUUGAAGAUUCAUUUUUAGCCAAAGGACAGUUUCUAUUACAUCUUAUAUCUGCAAAUCGUAAAUCGCACGACAUCCAUGUACUUUGUUAUGAACAUUUAGUGUCCAAAUAUCAAACUUUAUUUCCCUCCUUGUCUAAUAUUCAAUACCAUGAUUGUAUGAUUAACGUUUCGUCUUUAAGUUUAAGUAUGUUUGAAACUGUUUCACAUAUAGUUGAAAAAUCAACCAGAAAAAUAGUCAUUUUGAUUGAUUCAUUGUCUAUGUAUUUACUUUUAACUGGCUUCAGAAAAGUGUAUAAAGAAUUAUUGGAUAUUACAUCAUCAGAUAAAUUUCCUAAAGUUGUUCAAUUUGUGGCAGUGAUACACAAAGAUGUAACAGAAGUUAAUCAAAUUGAACACCUGAAAAACAUAUGUAAGACUCAUGUAUAUGUACAAAGUACUAACAAUCCGUUAAUUAUAAAUCUAAUAUUAGAACAUAAAAGAUCAAAUGGGAAAUGUGUAGUUCAGAAAUUAAAAGGUGAAUUAAAAUCUGAUAGUACAUUUAAACUAAUAAAUGACUUACCACCACCAAAAAUUGAAGAGGAUAAAGGCAUACCAACAAAUUUAGCUAGUUUUAAAUUAGACUUACAAGACAAUGAGAAGAAAGCCAAAGAAGAAUUAAUUUUACCAUAUACUCUAGUGCAAAUUCCAUCCAACACUGGUGGAAUGAUUCAUUAUGUUCCAGAUGAAGCAGAUGACUGGGAUGAGGAAGAUCCGGACGAUGACUUAGAAAUAUAGUAUUAUAUCAUAUUAUUUAUAUAAUGUGUUAUGUAAAUAGAGUAUGUACUUAUGAAUUUUGUUUUGAACAUUUGUUAUAAUAUUAUAUUAUUAUCAUAGUUUCAAAACAACUUUUUUCAUAAAUUCAUCAGAGAAAAAGAAUUGAAAUGUUUAUAAUGUGUUUCAAGAAAAUCAUCUAACAGUGUUUUAAAUUAAUUCAAUACAGUGGUCAGUGGAACCUCGGUAUCUCAGUCUUAAGGGACCAAAAAAAAAUUUGAUGUUUUUUUUUUUAGUUAAAAAAUUGUUUUGUUAAAAACUAAUUUUGUGUAAGAAUCCCUGUUUUUCAGGUUUCUUAUAGGAUUACUGAUAUUAGCGAGCAAAGCAAAUAAAUCAAAUGCUUAUUUUUGCGACA